AUAUUUAUCAUUCCACAGCCACUAAGCACGCCAGUUUCUUCAAAUCAGUGCAAGACUUUCGUUGUUUCCACAUGAUAGAGAUGAACAUCCGAAUCUUGCUGUUUCUCUUUCUUCUAGCGCUUCUUGUAACCGACGAUGUGAAUGCAAGAUUUAGUUUCUCGCGAGGCUCGUCAGGACGAGGCUCGUCAUCACGAGGCUCGUCACGAGGUUCAUCUGGAUCCGGCUCAUAUGGACGUUCAUCAAGUACUCACACGAGCUCAACUGGAUAUGGAAGUUCAUCUGGUAGACAUACAACAGGCUCGACUGGAUAUGGAAGUUCAACAGGCGGACACGCGACAGGCUCAGGUUCGACUGGAUAUGGAGGUUCAUCAGGCGGACACACGACGGGAUCGAGCCCUUUUGGACAUGCAAGUUCCUCAGGCGGGCGCACAACAGGAUCGAAUCCAGCUGGAACUUCGUCGGGUCAAACUUCGCAUCAGCAAAAUAAAGAUGCAUCCACGACUUUUUUACACGCUGAAGGAGGAGGCGCUACGCGACCCUCUCAAACCAACUCCGCACAAUCCAGCCGGCCAUCAGCACCACACGGCAAUACAGGAACUCAUCCUGGAAGCCAUGGGACAGGUAUAACAACAGACAGUAGACAAAAUUCACCGUACAAUCCGUCAGCACCGUACAAUCCGUCAGCACCGUACAAUCCAUCAGCACCAUACAAUCCAUAUAGUUCAUCGAGUAAUCUGCCGAAAGCCACUGUGGUACCUUCGCAAAGUCAUGCACCAACUUCCUUCGGACAACCAAGCGUGCCUCACAAUCCGUCACAAGGAACUGCACCUAGCAAUCCUCCAUGGAGCAAUCCGCAUUUCAACCCGAGCCAAUCUCACCCACCAGGUCCUCCUACUUCUACUAAUAUCGGCUUCAAAGAUCAUCUGCGUCCCACAAAUUCGAUGCCCGUUCCUUCCGCGCCUUAUCCGCGCCCUCCUUAUCCUUCUGGUUCCAAUUCACAUCCUCCUCCUUAUCCUUCUGGUUCUAAUUCACAUCCUCCUCCUUAUCCUUAUCCUUCUGGUUCUAAUUCACACCCUCCGCCUUAUCCCUACGGCCAUUCGAAUCAACCUCAUUCCACGUACAAUCCCAGUCACACGUUCGGACAACCUUCCAGUUAUCCGGCGCAUAUCCCGCCACCCGUACCAGGUACAUUCGGGAAUCCUUAUUCUACGCAUCCUGUCGGCGGAACCUACGGCACAGCCGGACACAGCUAUUAUCCGCAACAGCACGUCCUGGCGCAGCCGGCAGCACAACCGUACAUACCUGGACAAACGGUCAUAAUGGUUCCCGGUCAACAAAGCAGCGGCAGAGGCCUGGGCCAAAUGGUGAAGGAGGCGCUCGUGUUCUCCACAAUUAACGCCGGGGUGAACAGGCUGAUAAACCCGCAUCAUCAUUACGCGAGUGAUUACAGCAAUCCAGCGAGAAGCGGUACCAGUACCAGCGAAACGCAUGUCACUUACAACAAUAAUUAUUUUAACACUCCCCCGGACAAUGUUUCUCCGGCGUCGUCGAAUGUACCCCAGGGAAAUGUUCCUGGUGCAUAUCCCGCCAAUCCAAGCCCGGUGAACAAUCCGGUGAUUACUCCGGGUGUGUCAAUCCCUACAAUUGUCAACAAUGGUAGCACAUCAAAUCCAGUUGCUGGUUCUUCUGUAAUCCCAAUGGGUGCGGCCAGUAAUCAGGAGUUCCCUCCAGUUGUGACUCCUAAUGGCACUGCGGGAAAUCAAGGAACGUCCAAUCAAGAGGCAACCUUUUAUUCUCCGCAGUAUAAAAUAUCGGACGAUGAUCUGAUGAUGUUGACCGAAGAGUUAUUCGUGAAACAAGAAGUCAAUAUGUCCAAGUACUUGACGUUACAUCUUCAGAGUACAUCUAGGAACAUAACCGAUGCAGCUAACGGGCCAUUGAUUUACGCGCAAGAAGAGGUGUACGAUUACCCAACGAUCUUAGCUAUUCGAGCGCUCUACGACAAUUAUGAACACAAUUCCACCGUGAAGGAGACACGUACGCAGGAAAAGCGACGGAAAGAGGAACUUCUGUUAGAUUUAUUCCUGAACACGAACGUGAUGGCUAGAGCUAUGCGAUGGUUGACGGAACGAAGUUUCAUCGAUCCCGAUGAUUUCGAGAGGAAGGACGUUUUACGGCAUAUGUGGUUUAACACAUUCGACGGCGCCACCUCCGGAUUCGAGCGAGUGUUCACAUCCGAAAGAUAUGGCACGGAGCUCCUCGGCGUGCAGGACUGGAUCUACUUUAAUUAUCAAGAAUCGAACAGACGCAUUAAUUACAUGGGGUACAUUGAUACCAUGAAACUUGGCGAUAGAGCCUCUUUGGUGAAAUUGAACUUCCAAAUGGACGAUAUUAUUAGACCAAACGCAACGAUCUUCGUGGGCACACUUCCCGAGCUUGAGAUGGCCCUGUACACGAUAUGCUUUUACGCCAGGCCAAAUGACCUAUGUCCCGUUUCUCUCGGCGGAAGCAAGUUUAAUAUUUUCACGCAUUCGUUUAGAUAUUACGGGAAGGAUCUCAUAGAUCUUGCGCUUCCUAUUUUCUAAUUCUGUAUCAUAUAAAUAAAUUCUCGGACGUGAUAAUAAAAGUUACUGUAUACGUAAUGUAAUUUUAA